AUGUCUUCUCAAAUCACCUUGACUAGCAGCGAUGGUGUUGAUAUCACCCUUGACCGCGCUGUUGCUGAGCGCUCGAUCCUGAUCAAGAACAUGCUUGAGGACCUCGGUGACUGCGGCGAGGCCAUUCCCAUCCCCAACGUCAACGAGGCCGUUCUUAAGAAGGUUAUUGAGUGGUGCGAGCACCACAAGAACGACCCCGUUACCGCUGCCGACGAUGAUGACAACCGCCGCAAGACCACCGACAUCGACGAGUGGGAUCAGAAGUUCAUGCAGGUUGACCAGGAGAUGCUGUUCGAGAUCAUUCUCGCGGCCAACUACCUCGACAUCAAGGCCCUCCUUGACGUCGGCUGCAAGACCGUCGCAAACAUGAUCAAGGGCAAGUCUCCUGAGGAGAUCCGGAAGACUUUCAACAUCCAGAAUGACUUCACGCCCGAGGAGGAGGACCAGAUUCGUCGUGAGAACGAGUGGGCCGAGGAGUAA